AUGAGAUGGGGUCAUAAAGCUAAUCCGGAUAGGUGGUUCAUAAACUUACAACCACAAUUCCAAGAAGUUGUAGACGCAAUGGAAGUGAAUGGUGAACCAGAUAUAGCUGGUAUUUUCAGCGCGGCUUUAAUGCCAUUGAAAGAUAUGAAACAUGCAGAUAUUUUGGACCAGUAUGAAAUGAACAUGGCUGAUGGAAAUAUAACACCUGACGUUCUAGAACAUUUAUCUCAAAGAACUACACAGAACCAUAGAGAUGGUAUAUUUGGUGAAGAGUUUAGAAAGAAAGUUAGGGAGAUAGAAGGAAGAGAACCUAUUGUACAUGACCUUGCAAACGAAAGUUUACAAAAUGUCAUAAAAACUUACUUUGCAGACAAUGAACUGAGAAGGGAUGAAUAUUUAAGAAAACUCAAAUGGACAGUACCAAAUGAAAUGUUAGUAUUGAAAAACAUGUUCCUUGACAAAAUAAAACCAACUACAGAAAUAAAUGACGCAAGACUGAAACAUUGGGUAAAAGCUUUCCCAUUCACAAAAGAUAUUAUUGGUAACAUGGAAAGAAAACCAGAAUGGCUACAAAAACAUAUAUUUGGAAACGAGCUUAUUCCAUAUGGACAAGCUCUGUUUGAAGAGCUUGAACCGGAAACUCAGGAAAGAGUCAUGCAAACAAUACGCGAAGACUCAAAUACAAACUAUGACAAAAUCUUUCUAGGAUAUAGGUUACCUGAGAUGGGCGACCAGAGCCCAAAGGCAAAAAGGACAUGGGAAAUUUACAACAUACUAGGUGAACAUGAGGCAAAGAUGCAACAACUUGAAGCAGAGGGCAA